AAAAAAAAAACUUAUAUAGUUUCUUUCUUCUACAUACAUCCUCAAACCACAGCAGAUAGAGAGAGAGUGAAAGAAAGAACGAAAGAAAAUGCUUUUUCUGCUUCAAAUUCAAUCCCCCUCCUCGUCCUGCUGCUGCUGCUGCUUCCAACCGCAGCUACACAAAGCGCCCCGAAAUUCCCCGAGACGCGCUUCCCCUCCUCUGAAUUUAAACUCAAAUUCAAAUUCAAAUUGGGAUAAUUUGAAUUUAAAUCCCACGGGGAAAGGGAAAAACCCUAGCCCGGCACCCAAUUUCAAGAAAUGGGGCGACAAACUCGGGGCCAAAUCGUUGAAUCUCGCGAUCUGUGGGGCUCUCGCCCUCGGGAUUUCUCUCUCGGGUGUUGCCGCAGUUGAUGCGAAGGUUGGGGUUAACAAACCAGAAUUGCUUCCUAAGGAAUUCACUCCUGUCAUUGAUGUUGCUGGGUUUCUCUCUGCAGGUCAGGAAAAGCGUCUGUGUCAAGAGAUAGUAGAUCUGGAGAAGGAUAGUGGAUUUAAACUAAGAAUUCUUGCACAAAACUAUCCUGAUACACCAGGGUUAGCUAUUAAAGACUUUUGGCAAGUUGAUGAUAGAACAAUUGUGUUUGUCGCUGAUCCAACUUUCGGCAACAUAAUAAAUUUUAACAUUGGUGCGUCGGUCGAUUUGGACGUGCCUCGAAGUUUUUGGAGUCGCCUCGCAGGGAAGUACGGGAACAUGUUCUACUGGAAAGAAAAGGGAGAGGAUUCAUCAAUUGAAGCUGCUGUCGCGGCGAUAUCGCAUUGUCUGAGAGAGCCUGUAGGGCCAAAUAACUGUUCUGAGGUAAUGUGAAGUAUCAUUAUUAUCAAACAAAAAUUUGUUCCUUAUAGAGAAGCUCCGGCGUCGAAUUUCAAAUGAUCUUGAUGUUAUUCUAGUAGGCGCACUUGUGCCAUUCUAAAGAUACCAUCAUGUAUUUAGUAAUUAUCACUCAUGUUGUUGCACUUUUAAAUAAAUAGAAUCACCAUUCUGAAACUUCCACUUUGUA